GCCGCGCGGUGCCCCUCUCUCCGCCUACAGCCGAGGACGACGCUUUGCGGAGAGGGCGCUAGACCAGCCUGAUGCCGUUAGAGUGCCUGCAGCAGCACGCCGCAGCAGCGGCAGCGUCUGGGCUGCAGCACAACAGGCGCGGUGAUGAGAGGCUUCCUCUCGCGUGCAGCCGCAGCGGUACCCUGGCUGACGGCAGCCGCGCAGGGGCAGCAGGCAGCGGCAGCGCGCCUAUGCGUAGCGCGCGCCACACCGCUCGGCGCCGCCGCACCGCACACAGCGUCAGCGCGCCCUCGCGAGGGCGAGAUGCUGCCCUUCGCACGCCGCAUCAACGUCGCACAAGAGCAUCUCCUGAUGCUGCACGGCGACGCGGUACCGCGGGAUGCGACGCUCGACCUCGUCGGCGUCGGAGCACAGCUGCCGCAUGGCAGGACGCUGCGCGAAUGGCAGACGCCCGGCUGAGUCACGACGUCAAUUUCGCCUGUCUCGGGGACGUGCAACUCAGCAAGCAGGCAGCCUCGGCGGCGACGGUCCGGAGGGAGCCGGCUGCUCGUCGCCUGAAUGCUGUGGCGUCUGCACGCCCGAUAUACCGCUGCCGGCCGGGGUCGCUGUGGUGCGGAGGCGCGGCCCGAGAACGCGUUGAUGGCCCGUCAGCGCUGACAUGUCAUCGCCUGCCGCUGAGCGGGGCGUAUUGCUCUCAGGCCCGCAGGACAGAGAUGCUGAGCGGCCAAAUGCUGCCCCAGGGUACUUCCCACGGCGCGGAUAGCCCGGCACACGACCCGAGGGUCGUGUGAAGGCGAAGGGAGGGGCCGUUGGAUGUGGUCGCGGUCGUGCCGUUGCCGGCGCGGCGGCAAGGCACCCCCCUCCGCCCUCCGCCUCCGCCGGCUCGCCGCGCCGAAGCCGAGGCGUGUGCUUGCCUCAGCACCUCGAGCAACCAGUGACAAUCUCUCAUGUCCCAGCUGCGGCGGUGGUGAGCUCCAGCAUCGCGCCAUUAUCGGCAGGCUGGAUGGAAGCCACCAAGCCUGCCAUUCUGCACUAUCCUGCGCUACUGAA